GCGGCGCUUGGACGCUGCCUGAGCGUGGCGUCGGGGCCUCCAGACACAAAGAGCGGCCGGCGGGACCAGUCGUGGGUUCCCCGCGCACGCGCCAGCGCCCUUGGCUUGCGACCCUGUACCCCGCGCGCGAGGGAGACCCGAGGCGCCCACAGCCCAGCUUGCUAUGGGAUGGAAGAAGAAGAGAACCACUAUGUUUCACAGCUCAGGGAAGUCUACAGCAGCUGUGACACCACAGGGACAGGCUUUCUGGACCGGGAGGGACUGACCCAGCUCUGCCUCAAGCUUCAGUUGGAAAAGCAGCUGCCCAUCCUUCUGCAAACACUUCUUGGAAAUGAUCACUUCGCCAGGGUUAACUUUGAGGAAUUUAAAGAAGGUUUUGUGGCAGUGUUGUCAUCAACUGCUGGUGUUGGCCCCUCAGACGAAGACAGUAGUUCUUUGGAAUCAACUGCCUCUCGUGCUGUCCCACCAAAGUACGUGAGCGGCUCUAAGUGGUACGGUCGCUGGAGCCGGCCCGAGCCCGAGCCGGGUGGCUCUGCAACAGGAGCCAAAUGUUUACCAGAACAGCAGGCCCGGACCACUGGGAGAGGCCAACUCCGCCGCUCUGCAUCUUUGGAAAGUGUGGAGAGUCUCAAGUCAGACGAAGAAGCUGAAAGUGCUAAAGAACCUCAGAAUGAGUUGUUUGAAGCACGAGGCCAGCUGCCAGCUUGGGGUUCUGAGGCCUUCGGGUGCCUCCAGAAGCCCUGCAGCCCCUCCUUGGACACCCCUGAGAGCCGGGUUCGGGGCAUCUGGGAAGAGCUGGGCGUUGGCAGUAGCGGCCACCUCAGCGAGCAGGAGCUGGCCAUCGUCUGCCAGAGCAUCGGGCUCCAGGGACUGGACAAGGAGGAACUGGAGGAUCUGUUUAACAAACUGGAUCAAGAUGGAGACGGCAGAGUGAGUCUUGAGGAAUUCCAGCUUGGCCUAUUCAAUCAUGGGCCCACUUCACUUCCAGAAUCUUCCACUCCUGUCAAACCGAGCAUGUCCUGGUCUCAUUACCAGGUCCUGCAGGAGGGUAGCUGCCAGACCGCCACGACGUCGUCCCUGGUGUCUGUGUGCUCAGGCCUGCGUCUCUUGUGCAGCAUUGAUGAUGGCACCGGAUUUGCGUUUCCUGAACAGCUCAUCGCCCUGUGGGCCCAGGAGGGGAUUCAGAACGGCAGGGAGAUCUUGCAGAGUCUCGACUUCAGUGUGGACGAGAAGGUGAACCUUUUGGAGCUGACCUGGGCCCUUGAGAACGAGCUCAUGAUGGUUGGUGGUGCCACUCAGCAAGCGGCCUUGGCCUGCUACCGCCAGGAGCUGAGCUUCCGCCAGGGGCAAGUGGAGCAGAUGGCAAGGGAACGAGACAAGGCGAGGCAGGACCUGGAGAAAGCCGAGAAGAGGAACCUGGAGUUUGUGCAAGAGAUGGAUGACUGUCACUCUGCCCUAGAGCAACUCACGGAGAAGAAGAUCCAACACCUGGAGCAGGGGUACCGGGAAAGGCUGAGCCUCCUGCGGUCUGAGGUGGAGAGGGAGCGUGAACUGUUCUGGGAGCAGACCUGCAAGCAGAGGGCUGUGCUGGAGAAGGACCUGGAGCGCCUUCGGGCCGAGGAGGUCAGCCUCCAGGAAAAGCUGACCCUCGCCCUGAAGGAAAACAGUCGAUUACAGAGGGAGAUUAUUGAAGUUGUGGAAAAGCUUUCGGAAUCAGAGAAGCUGGUCUUGAAACUGCAGAAUGACCUGGAGUUUGUGUUGAAGGACAAGCUGGAGCCACAGAGCACAGAGCUCCUGGCCCAGGAGGAGCGGUUCGAGGAGGUCUUAAAGGAGUAUGAGCUCAAGUGCCGGGACCUGCAGGACCGCAACGACGAGCUGCAGGCUGCACUGGAAGGCCUGCGAGCACAGCUGCCCCCGAGUUGGCAUGGCCGGCCUCACGCACAGCCAGAGGAACGGCUGCCCCCUGGACACGGGCCAGCAGGCAUCAUCUCAUUUGUUGGUGAUUCCAUUCCAGUGAGUUUAGAAACAGAGAUAAUGAUGGAGCAGGUGAAGGAACACUGCCAAGACCUCAAGAUCCAGCUGGAGACCAAGGUAAAUUCUUACGAGAGGGAAAUGGAGCUGAUGAGGAGAGACUUCACGAAGGAGAGGGAGCAGAUGCAGCAGGCCUUCAGGCUUGAGGUCCACGUGCUGGAGUGCCGGAGGGCUGACCUGGAGGUGCUGCUCGGGAAGUCUCAGGAGCUCAUCCGAGGCCUGCAGGACCAGCUCCAGCGGGCAGCCUGUGGCCCUCUGCUGGAGAGGGCGGGGUUGGGGCAGUGCUGCAUUCAGGCACUAUCUGGCCCAGCUGGGCGGCUGGCCCGAGAGCAGGACCCACCGGAGCAGGGACAGCACCAGAGGCAUCGGAACGAGCUGCAGCGAGUCAGGAAAGAGGCCGAAGUUGUGCUGAACUACGAGCUCUCAAGGAUGGAAGCCCAGCAGGCUGCCCACUGUAAGCACUUUGCGCUGCAGCCUCAGCAGGAGAAGGAAGAGGUGCUCCAGAGAGCCCUGCUGCAAGUCCACGAGGUGACAGAGCAGCAUGACCAGGAGAAGGAGCGGAGGGCGGGCAGGGGGGAGGAGCCCCACCCACGCUGGGGAAGUCAGCAGCGGAAGCUGCAGGAGCUGGUAGGCAAGGAACAGGUAGAGUUUUGCAGGUCCUCCGCCCUGGAGGAGGAGAAGCUGGAGCUCACCUGUAGGAAACAAGUGGGAAGGCCUGUAUGGGCAGCAGACAUGCUGUGGGCCUGCUGGAGGGACAGGCCAGCAGUGGCAGGUCGUGAGCAGGAGGGUGCAGGCAGGAGGGAGCAGCCACUGGCCUGGCUGGAACCUGGCGAUGGGCGUGGCCAUGGGCAAACCAGGUGCAGGCAUGUGGAUGCCCAGCAGAGCCCAGCCCUAGCCCCUGCCCUGGCCCGCAGAGGGCCCUUGGAGAGCCUUGGCCUCAGAGAGAAUGGUCGGCAUGUGCUCGUUGCUGAAGAGGUGGCUUCUCCUCCUCCUGAGAGGCGGGCACAGGUGCACCCACGUGGGGCGGACAGGAGAGUGGUUCUGGAGGAGCCAGUGCCUCUUGCCGGCAGCUCAGCUGGUGUGAGCCAGACUGAAGCCCAGGAGCUGCUCUGGGGAACAGAAGGAGAUGCCUCACCAGCCCAGCCCCCACCAGUGGGCAUAGGAGAGACUGAGAGGCAGCUGGCCAUUCUGGAGCGAGCUGGGCAUCUGAGUGAGGAGCUGGCCCCCACGGGCAGCCAGGGGCAGGCUGUGGCGGAGCAGGGCCAGCAUGGGGAGAGCACCCUGGAGCAGGGGCUGCAGCACAGCAGGGACAAGGCCAAGGAGAGCACCUCGCUCUCCCAACCCCACCUCACUGGCCCCCAGGUGGCGGGGCAGGAGCAGCUUAAGGCCCUGCGGGAAGAAGAGGCCAACACGGCCCUGGAAAGAGAGAAGGACGACAUGAAAACCAAACUUCUGCAGCUGGAAGAAGUCGUUCGGGUUCUUGAGAAAGAAGCAGAUUCAAGAGAGAACAACAGAAUCGAGUUGGAUAGGCUUUCUGAAGAAAACACAUUGUUGAAAAAUGAGCUGGGAAGGAUUCAGCAAAAGCUUGACGCUGCAGAAAGGACAAGUGAUGCCCAGAGGAAGGAAAUCGAGGAUUUAAAGAGAGACAGGGAAAAGGCCUGCUCUGAAGUGGAAGAGCUCAACAAACAGAGUCAGAAAUGCAAGGAUGAAGUGUCCCAGCUCAAUCACAAGGUCCUUCAGCUUGGAGAAGAGGCCUCUAUCCACCAGGCCCAGAAUGAGAAGAACUGCAUCACCAUUCAGCUGUUAACACGGAGACUGGAGGAGGUGGGGCAGCGGGAGGGGUUGCAGGGUGAGCACAUCCAAAAACUUGAAAUUGAACUCGAACACAAGAAUCAGGAAUGUCAGAGCCUAAGACUGUCACAGUCACAGCUGAGAGAGACCCUUGAAGAAAGUCAAGACCAGCUGCACAGAGCCAGCCUGGGGCUGAGGCUGACACAGUCCCAGCACUCCGAGGAGGUUCAUCGGCUGCAGGAGCGGAUGCAGUGGCUGGUGCCUCGGGACCUUGUGGACGAGCUGCAGCAGCUGCUGGAAGAGGAACGGCAGGCAGCUCGGCGGCUCCACAAGGAGUGCCUUCUCCAGGAGGAGAAGGGGAGGCAGCUGGAAACACAGUGGGAAGAACAUGAAAAAGAGCUUAAAGACACCCAAGAACAGGUAGAAGAGGUGGGAAUGGUUCUGAAGAAUGUGGAAAUGCUCCUACAAGAAAAAGUGGCCGAGCUGAAAGAGCAGUUUGAAAAGAACACAAAGUCCGAUUUGCUGCUCAAGGAGCUCUAUGUGGAAAAUGCUCACCUGACGAAAGCAUUUCAGGUCACCGAAGAGAAGCUGCGAGGUGCCGAGAAGAAAAACCGCAUCUUGGAAGAAAAAGUUAGAGCUCUCAACAGACUCCUCAGUAAGAUCGCUUCAGCUUCCCUCUCUGUGUGAAGGCUGCUUGUUUUCCUGGAAUUCAUUUCGAAAGAACAUCUUUUAAAAUUAAGCCACCGUGGUGCCAUAAUUUUCUAGGGUUCAUUGGCCAUGGCCCCGGCAUAGGAGGUUUCUGAUUCUUCUUUGUUCACCUCACACAUAUUUAAAAAUGUCUGUUGUGCCAGAUGCUCAGAAAAUAGACAUGCUGGAAAAGACGACAUUUUUAUUAGUGGUCCUGGGUAAUUUCUCUAGGUAAAAUUCCCAGUUUUGCUACCAAUGGGUGAAACAGAUUAUGGCUGCUUUCAGUGAAGAAAGACUAAAAGAAAAUGGUAAAAUCAAUUUCAGUGUUGUACUUUUGACCUUGGCUGCAGAGAGUAAAAUGAAAAAUAAGUGCUCUGGACAGUUUCACCCUUUCACUGUUACUGCUUUGGGUUCAGAUCAUUAGCAUUCUCAGUAUGGGUCUAUACAGACAUUCUAGAAAGACUACUCACUGUGCCUGUCAACCCUGCUCCACCACAGGAAGAUGUCUGGGGAGUGCUUAUUUUAAGUCUGUGGACUCAGGGAUGAUAGUAUUUAUUGCGAAUGCAAUCUUUUCCUCAAUGAAAUGUCAUCACACUGGAAAUUGUAUUAUAUGUAAAGAAAAAAGAACUAUAGUUUUAUAUCCAAAAUAUAUAUAUAAGUAUGGUCAUUUGGUUUAUGAGAAUAAACUACUGUACUAUGAAGAGUCACUGUAUUUACAAAAACUCUUUUCUAUUAAAAUUGUUUUAACUUCUAGGUUUAACUUUUUUUUUUAAGAUUUUAUUUAUUUGACAGCACAAGCAGGGGGAGCAGCAGAGGGAGAGGGAGACGCAGGCUCCCCACUAAGCAGGGAGCCCGGCACAGGGCUCAAUCCCAGGACCCUGGGACGAUCAAUGAUCUGAGCUGAAGGCAGUCGCUUAAAUGACUGAGUCACCUAGGCGCCCCUAAGUUUAACUUUUUUUAAUUAAAUAUUUCAAACAAAUAGAAAAACAGUUUUAUGAGAAACACUCCUGUGCCCAUCAAUUAGAUGUAUUAGAUAGAGGUGUAGACCCUAUUCUGUUGCUCUCAACCUCCUUCCCCUUCCUGGAGGCAGCCACUACCCUGAAGCUGCUGCACUCCAUCCCCUUCUGUCUGUACAUUUACUAUAUGUGCUUAUAUAAGAACAACCUUAAAGCACUAUGGAAAGACACAAAAGACUGGAAUAGGGGCGCCUGGCUGGCUCAGUCAGUAAAGCAUACAACUCUUGAUUUAGGGGUUGUGAAUUCAAGCCCCACGUUGGGCAUGGAGCCACCUAAAAAAAAGACUGGAAUAGAUGGAAAGAUCAGUUCUUGGAUAGGAGAUUCAACAGCAUAAAGUUAGUUCUUCUCAAUUAACUGAUUAAUGUAAUAUAGCCCCAAUAAAAAUACAAGUGGGUGUUCCCUGCCCCAGGUGACCCCUUGUCCCAGAGUCAGGUCUAAAGUUUACAUGUACAGCCAGAUAAGCGAAUAAUAGGGAAAACUGAAAAAAGAAGAGCAAUGACUAUGAACUAGUUCUACUAGUUAUUAAAACAGUCUCAAUAAAGUUUAGGUUACAUGGUUGUAUACGUUUGUCAAAACUCAUCAAAGGGCACACUUCUUCGUUCACUAUGGGCUUCUGGCUGGGACUAGAGUAAUAAGGAGAUUGGAUCUAGUAGUCCUGAACAACACUACCAAACAACUGACAUUUAUAGAACCCAACAACAGCUGAAGUGCACCUGAACAUUUACCAAGAUAGACCAUAUUCGGGGCGCCUGGGUGGCUCAGUUGUUGAGUGUCUGCCCUUGGCUCAGGUCAUGAUCCCAGCGUCCUGGAAUCGAGCCCCACAUCGGGCUCCCGGCUCCGCGGGAAGCCUGCUUCUCCCUCUCCCACUCCCCCUGCUUGUGUUCCCUCUCUCGCUGUCUGUCAAAUAAAAUUUUUUUUUAAAGAUUUUAUUUAUUUAUUUGAGAGAGAGAGAAUAAGAGACAGCACAAGAGGGAAGAGGGUCAGAGGGAGAAGCAGACCCCCUGCUGAGCAGAGAGCCCGAUGUGGGACUCGAUCCCGGGACUCCAGGAUCAUGACCCGAGCCGAAGGCAGUCGCCCAACCAACUGAGCCACCCAGGCACCCCUGUCAAAUAAAAUCUUAAAAAAAAGGGGGGGGGGGCGCCUGGGUGGCUCGGUCGUUGAGCGUCUGCCUUCGGCUUGAGUCGUGAUUCCGGGGUCCUGGGAUCGAUCCCCACAUCAGGCUCCUGCUCACCGGGAGGCCUGUUUCUCCGUCUCCCCCUCCCCCUGCUUGUGUUCCCUCUCUCGCUGUGUCUCUCUCUGUCAAGUAAAUAGAAUCUUUAAAAAGAAAAAGAUCAUAAUCUGGGAACUUGGAAAAAGCCGCAAAAAAAUCAAAAGUAUUUAAGUCAUACAAAGUAUAUUCUCUGACCACAAAGGAAUUAAAUUAGGAAUCGAGACCAGAAUGAUUAUUUGGGAAAUCCCCCCAUUGGAAACAAUAAUACACUGUUAAAUAACCCAUGCACCAUCAGAGGAGAAAUUAGAAAAUAUUUUGAAUUGAAUAAAAAUGAAAAUACAGUAUGCCAAAUUUUGGGGUGGAGCUAAAGCAUUACUUAGGGGAAGAUUCAUAGCGCUAAAUUCCUGUAUUAGAAAAAAGGUCUCAAAUCAAUGACCUGAGCUUCCACCUUAAAUAACUAGAAAAACAAGAGCAAAUGAAACCCAAAGUAAGAAGAAGAAAGGAAAAAAUGAAGAUCACAGUAGAAGUCAAGGAAUAGAAGAACAGGAACCCUCAUGCUAGGAAUUAAGCUUAGCCCUGGGGCCUGUUUUGUAAAUAGUUUGGCACAGCAAACUACACCUGCUUUUGUGCUCAGCAUCAGAAACCGUGUGGCCCACAAAGUCUAAAAUACAGGAAAAGUUUGUUGACUCCUGCAAUAGAAAACAGGAAAAAAAAAAAAGCCAAUGAAACCAAAGGUUGGUUCUUUGAUAACAUCGAUAAAGUUGAUAAACCUCUAGCCAGAAUGAUCGGGAUAAAGGAGAAAAAAAAAUUUACCAAUAUCAGGAAUCAGGGAGGUGACAUCACUGCAGAAUCUACAAAAAACAUAAGGCAAUAUUAUGAACAACAUUAUGCCAAUAACUUCAACAACUUAGACAAAAUGCAGAGGACAAAAAAUACCAAAGCUUAUCCUGGAGGAAGAAGCAGCUCUAUAUAAAAGAAAUUGAACCUUCCCACAAAGAAACUCCAGGCCCAGAUGUUUUAAACAUGAAUUCUACUGAACAUUUAAGAAGGAACUAAUAAUACGAAGUCUGUACAAACUCUUCCAAAAAAUUGAAGCUAGUAUUUCCCAACUCUUUCUCUGACAGGGUUACGUGGUCUUCUGACAUGACAAGAAUACUACAAACCAAUAUCCAUCAUGAACACAGAUGGAAAAAUUCUCAACAAUAUUUUAGCAAAUCAAAUCCAACAAAAAAGUAUCAGUGCAUCAUGACCAAUUGGGGCUUAUGCUAGGAGUGCACAGUUGGUUUAACAUUGGAAAAUCAAUCAGCCACUGAAAUUCACCAUAUUAACAAAUUAAAAGACAAAAAAAAUGAUCAUCUCAAUAGAUGCAUAAAGUGGAUAUGACAAAACCCAACAUCCGUUCCUGAUAGAAACUCACAGGGAACUAGAAAUAGAAAGGGGUUUCCUUAACCUGAUAAUGGGCAUCUACAAAAAACUCAGCUGAAGUUAUAGUUAAUAUAUAUAUAGUUAAUAUAAAAGAUGGAAUGCUUUCCUCCUAAGAUCAGACACAAGACGCGGACUUCUGACCACUUUUAUCUAGUACUCUCCUGUAGGUACUAGAGACAAGUGCAGUCAGGCAAGAAAGAGAAAGACAAGGCAUCCAGGUUGGAAAGAAAGGAGUAAAACUCUAUUCACCGAAAACAUGACCAUAGAUGUAGACAAUUUUUUUUAAGGAUUUUAUUUAUUUAUUUAUUUAUUUAUUUAUUUAUUUAUUUAUUUGAGAGACAGUGGGAGAGGGAAAGAGCACAGGAGGAAGAGGGAGAAGCAGACUCCCCGCUGAGCAGAGAGCCCAGUGCAUGGCUCAAUCCCAGGACCCUGAGAUCAUGACCUGAGCCAAAGGCAGAUGCUUAACCAACUGAGCCACCCAGGUGCCCCUGAAACUUUUUUUUUAAGAUUGAUUUAUUUAUAAAUGGGAGGAUGAACUUUGUUUAUGGGCCAGAAUAUCUUCAAUAUUGUUAAGAUGUCAGUUCUCCCCAAAUUGAUACACAGAUCUAGUGCAGUCUCAAUUACAAUAAUAGGUUUGAUUUUGGCAGAAAUUGAUCCUAAAUUUCAUAUGAAAAGCAAAAGACUUCACAAACCUAAGACAAAUACGAAAAAGAAGAAAUUUGGACCAUUAACACUAUUUGAGGAAUUAUUAUAAGAGUUACAUACACUACAUAAAAAUAGCAUGGGUAUUGGUGUCAGUAUAGAAAAAUAGAUCGUUAGAACAGAGUCCAGAAAUAAGCACACACGUAUACAUUUUGUUGUUGUUGUUUACAGUGGAGAAAGGAUAGCCUUUUCAACAAGUGGUGCUAGAAGAGGAUGGCCACAUGCUUCCACUUUCCCCUGCCCAAAGUAACCUUGGGUCCAUACCUUGUACCAUAUAUGAAAAUUAACUCAAAAUGGAUCCUAGACCUAAGGGUAAGCCUAAAACUAUAAUACUUCUAGAUAAAGGAAAAAAUCCUUGUUACCUUGGGCUGGGACAAGAUUUUUUAGCUAUGACACCAAAAGCAUAAAAGAAGGGGCGCCUGGGUGGCUCAGUUGGUUAAGCGACUGCCUUCGGCUCAGGUCAUGAUCCUGGAGUCCCGGGAUCGAGUCCCACAUCGGGCUCCCUGCUCGGCGGGGAGUCUCCUUCUCCCUCUGACCCUCUUCCCUCUCGUGCUCUCUGUCUCUCAUUCUCUCUCUCUCAAAUAAAUAAAUAAAAUCUUUUAAAAAAAAAAGCAUAAAAGAACAAAUGAAUACGUCAGAUUUUUAUCAAAACUAAAAUGUUUGCUCUUUAAAAUAUACUGUUAAAUGAAAAGACAAGCCAGAAACUGGGAAAUAAUAUUUGCAAAGCGUACAUCUCAUACAGGACUUAUAUGCAGAAUAUAUAAAGAACUCUCAAAACUCUUAAGAAAACAACACAGAUUUUUUUAAAAAGACAUACUUUUGGAAAAUUCACCAAAGAUAGAUUCCAAAUAAUCACAUGUAAAGAUAGUCAACAUCAUUAAUCAUUAGGGAAAUGCAAAUUAAAACCUCAACAAGAUGGCGUUACACAUGACACACUAGUAGAAUGGCUAAAAUUAAAAAGACUAACCAAUACCAAGUGUUAGCUAGGAUGUGGAAGAACAAGAACUCAUACGUUGCUGGUGUGAAUUCAAAAUGCACAACCACCUUGGAAGACAGUUUAGCAGUUUCUUAAAAAGUUAAACAUAUAUAGGGAUGCCUGGGUGGCUCAGUUGGUUAAGUGUCUGCCUUCAGCUCAGGUCAUGAUCUGGGUGUCCUGGGAUCAAGCCCCACAUUGAGCUCCCUGUGGGAAGUCUGCUUCUCCCUCUCACUCUGCCCCUUGCCUCUGCUCGUGCUCUCUCAAAUAAAUUUUUAAAAAAUCUUUUAAAAAUGUUAAACAUAUAUGUAACUUCUACUCCUAGUCAUUUGCCCAAAAGAAAAUAUAUGUCCAUUAAAGACUUGUAUGCAGAUGUUCCUGGCAUAUUUUUUUUGUUAAUAGCCAAAAACUGGAAAGAACGCACUAUUAGCAAGGAUGGAGGGGGGGGAGGACAUAGUUACUAUCAUUCAUUUCUGAUGGUAAUGCAAAUUAUUAUAAUUCCUAUGUAUUUUGGCAAGAACAAUAAAAAUUGUAAUUAUCCUAUUUAUAAAGUUGCAUUAUGUAUAAAAUGAUAUAUGUACCAGGUUACUCACAUUAGCUUUGUCUGUAGUAGCAAAAGGCUGGAAACAAUUUAGUGUCCAUCAACAGGGAAUUAGAUUUUUAAGAAAAAGUAUUUAACAGUCUGUAUUGGUUUGCUAGGGCUGCCAUAACAAAAUCACAGACUGGGUGGCUGGAACAGAAAUUUAUUUUCUUGCAAUCCUGGAGGCUGGAACUCAGGUUGUUCUUGUUUUUUCAAGGACCUCUCCCCUUGGCUUGCAGACACCCACCUUUUCUGUGUGUGUUCACAUGGUCAGCAAAAUCAAAAUGAAACAAUGAGGUUAUAUAAAUAUUAGAAUAUGGCCAAGUCAUCAUGAUUUGCAGCUCUUUACAUGUAUCAGCCAAAGCUAGUUAGGAAAUAAAAUAGAAAAAAGACUGCAUUCACAUUAGGAACAAAAUCUAGAAAAUAACUGGGAAACCACUUAGAAAGAAAUGUGAUUGGAUUUUGUGUAUGAUCAGUUAGCAGUGAGCACACUGGUGGUGGGAAGGGGGCACUUACCUUUACUUCCUACAUUGUUUUUUUCUAACUGCAUAUAUAUUACCAUCAUAAGAAAAAACAUGUUUAAAAUUCUAACCACAAUUCUAAAUAGGCAAUCAGUAUAAGUCAAUACAACAUCCAAAAUCUCAGAUUUCCAGCUCUUCAUCUCAAAUAAGGAAUAUACUUAUUAUUUUAUUUGGGAAAUUAAAUACAAAAGUAUAUCAUAUAAUGUAAGUUUGGGAAUGCUGGUGGGCUGGCAACACAGCAAUAUCCUUCACAGCCGCUCAUCCUCACAGGGGACUCACGUGGACCGCAGGCCUCACCUGGCUGCAUGCUUUCGUGUGCUCUGGACGUAGAACGAGGGAGGUGACUACAGACCCACAGUUAAAGUAUCAACAUCAUCCAUCCCAUUCGCUAGGGAAAAUAUCCUUAUUGUUUAUCUGCAGAGAUUUAGAUGAAAAUCUGAUCUGGCUACAAAAACUAUUGAGAAAUUUUUUCCAAUAAUGAAAAUAAUCUGUAAAGGGCAGUCUACGGAUCAAAGUAGGUAUGAAAACAUACAGAUCCAUAUCCCAAGUGAAGUUUUUCUAUAACUUGAUUUCUUGAAUAUAAUUUUGGCCAGAAACAUUUCCCCUAUGUAAAAAUGAAACUGCACACUUAAUAUGUGCCAGGUCGUGGGCUUAUCUGGACUUUUUUUUUUUAAGAUUUUAUUUAUUUAUUUAUUUAUUUAUUUAUUUAUUUUAAAGAUUUUAUUUAUUUGAGA